AUGAAUAUCGCGCAGAUGGGUCCGAAAAGAGUAACACCAGCGACAGUAGCGUAUCAACACACAUCACAGCACAUCGAAGAAUUCUACUACGGAUGGACACGGACAUUCACAGAUGGGUCAGUGAAAGCACAGCGAAGAACAGCUACGGCUGCGGCGAUCUCGGAAGGACACAGCAGAAUGGAGAAGCUGAGCUUUCAUGCGUCAUCCACAACAGCCGAGCUGGCAGCCCUCCGCCUGGGACUGGCAAUGACGGAUGGGAAACAACCGGGGAACCUGGUUUUGCUCACGGACUCUAGGGCGGCGCUAAGACUCCUGGAGAAACCCGACAGGGCACCUGCACUCGCACGGGAGGUAAUGGCCAAGGCUCAGAAUCUCCAAAAGGGAGGAUGGACGAUCGCCUUUCAGUGGCUUCCAUCUCACUGCGGGAUUGAGGGCAAUGAAGCAGUUGACGCCCUCGCGGACCGGGCCCACGACGAGCCAAACUGCCCCAUUUCUCAGGUCCCCGCUUUCGCAGACGCUCGCCUAUUGACGCGGCAAAUUAUCUCUGCACGCAAUCCGGAGCUCGAGAAUGGACCCCUACCCGCUAAAGUUCCCGGACGCCUGACGAGAAACGAGACAGCCGUCCUUCACAGGUUACGCACCAAAAGCGCCUUCACUCCCGCCUACCUGGCAAAAUGGAAGGACCACCGAGAUGACGCAUGCGGUAAAUGUAGGGUGACCGCCGACGACGAGCAUCUUCUAUGUGUGUGCCCCCUGUACAAACAAGAGCGGGACGAACUAAGACAAACCUACUCCACCCUCGGAUGCCCUAGUGACACCUUGGAAGCGCUGAUUAGGCCCACAGCAACAGCUGCCAAGGCGGAAAGAAUGCUAACAGCGCUAGCCAAAUUCUUGAGCCGCACGCGGCUAUGCGACAUAAUAUAG